AUGCAUCUUGGCGCAGCCAUGAUCGCGGCUCUGAGCCUCACAGGCUAUGCAUUCCCGAGACAGCGACCUGGAUAUGUCCGGAUGCUGCCGCGGGCCAACGACACCGAAAUCUCAUGCGGGCAGACCGAGUACACGCUGACCGAGGUGAGAUCGGCGGCGGAUGCGGCUUGCCAGCACGUGGAGGAUGGCACGACGGCGGGCAGCUCGAGCUAUCCGCACACGUACCGAAACCAGGAGGGGUUCGACUUCAACGGAGUCGAGGGUCCCUUUGUCGAGUUUCCGAUGAAGACAAGUGGUGUCUACAAGGGCGGCAAGCCAGGAGCAGACCGGGUUAUCAUCAACGAAGAGUGCGUUCUUGCAGGCCAGAUCACACACACGGGAGCCAACGGCAACGCGUUCGUGGGCUGCGAGGGCACCAGCUAG